UUUUGCUUUUAUUACAAUUCGAAUGAAUUAACAAACUAAAAAGCCCAUAAAAUUAAUACUAAAAGCCCAUAAAAUUAAAAGCCUGUUAUAACAAAAAAAAAAAAAAAAGGAGCAAAAUCGUGGUAUCCAACAUAAAAAUCCUUAUUUCAGAUAUCUCCAUAAAAAGCUUUUAUCUCCCUGGACUAGCACGGUCGCCGGAUCUCGGCCCCGAGGAGCAACCGUGGUCUCCAGUAGUUCCAGUCCUCGCAUCUGUUUUAUUACUCGUCCUUUGGCAUCCCUUGAAAGGUGGGAGAGAAGAACCGGAGGCGCAGUUCACUGGGAUAGCUGUGGAGGGCCCGUCUAGCCACUUCCCUAGCUCUGUGAAACGCAGCCCACCGCGGGGCGGCAGAGGCGGAAGCCACGCUGCUCCGCUCAGGCGCUCAGGACGAAUCACCUGCAACCCGGCCGGCGGCUCCGAGGCGCUCCAGAUGCCCAGGUUUCCGGAGCAACAGCCCAGCAUCCCCUGGCUCCGCCCCCGGCGCCUUUCCCGCCAAAGGCCGUUACUAGCGCAGAGCAUGGCGGGACGCGGCGGCAGGCUAGGUUUCACCACCUCCCUUCGAAGCGCCGAGCUGCUCCCGCAGAGGGUUCACUCCUGAAGAGACCGGCUGUCCUGGGCUCGGCAGGGACUAAUAACCCCUCUAAAACCAGGGCGGGUCGUUUUUGCCACACGGCCGGCCGCUCCGCUAGCCGUUCGGUCCACACGCGCGGGCAGCGAGGGACUCUUUCCCCUCCGUGCGGAGGGUGACGUCGCGCGUGCGCGACCGGGCUUCUCAGCACCCGUUACGCUCCCGCGCGUGCGCACUGAGAUGGAAUAGCCGCUUCCUCCGGCUUCUCUUCCUCCCCCUCCCCCCCAUAUCAGUGCGCCGAGCUGAUAAAGGCGCCAUUUUGGACGGGCCGCGGGAGACGUGGUGCCGCUGAGGGCUCGCUCUGCCGUACGCUAGGCUUGGUGGGAAGGCCUCUCCUCGAGUCCGCGCUUUUCGUCGCCGCCAUGUCAGGAGGUGGUGUGAUUCGUGGCCCGGCGGGGAACAACGACUGCCGCAUCUACGUGGGUAACCUACCUCCGGACAUCCGAACCAAGGACAUCGAGGACGUGUUUUACAAAUACGGCGCCAUCCGCGACAUCGACCUGAAGAACCGCCGCGGGGGACCGCCCUUCGCCUUCGUUGAGUUCGAGGACCCGCGAGACGCGGAAGACGCCGUGUACGGUCGCGACGGCUACGAUUACGACGGCUACCGCCUGCGGGUCGAGUUCCCUCGGAGCGGCCGCGGUACAGGCCGAGGCGGCGGCGGGGGUGGAGGCGGCGGAGCCCCGAGAGGCCGCUAUGGCCCGCCAUCCAGGCGGUCGGAAAACAGAGUGGUUGUCUCUGGACUGCCUCCGAGUGGAAGCUGGCAGGACUUAAAGGAUCACAUGCGUGAAGCAGGUGAUGUAUGUUAUGCUGAUGUUUACCGAGAUGGCACUGGUGUCGUGGAGUUUGUACGGAAAGAAGAUAUGACGUAUGCAGUUCGAAAACUGGAUAACACUAAGUUUAGAUCUCAUGAGGGAGAAACUGCCUACAUCCGGGUUAAAGUUGAUGGGCCCAGAAGUCCAAGUUAUGGAAGAUCUCGAUCUCGAAGCCGUAGUCGUAGCAGAAGCCGUAGCAGAAGCAACAGCAGGAGUCGCAGUUACUCCCCAAGGAGAAGCAGAGGAUCACCACGCUAUUCUCCCCGUCAUAGCAGAUCUCGUUCUCGUACAUAAGAUGCUUGGUGACACUUUUUGUAGAACCCAUGUUGUAUACAGUUUUCCUUUACUCAGUACAAUCUUUUCAUUUUUUUUUUUUUUUUUUAAUUCAAACUGUUUUGUUCAGAAUGGGCUAAAGUGUUGAAUUGCAUUCUUGUGUAAUAUCCCCUUGCUCCUAACAUCUACAUUCCCCUCAUGUCUUUGGUAAAUUGUAUUUUAAGUGAUGUCAUAGACAGGAUUGUUUAAAUUUAGUUAAAUUUCCAUGCUCUUCAGACUGUGAUAUUGUGUAAAUGUCUAUUCUGCUCUGGUUUGUGUGAAAUGGGAUGUUGGGGGUGUUUGUGGUUAUCUUACUUGGGGAAGUUCUUAUGUUUAUCUUGCUUUUCAUGUGUCUUUCUGUAGACAUAUCUGAAGAGAUGGAUUAAGAAUGCUUUGGAUUAAGGAUUGUGGAGCACAUUUCAAUCAUUUUAGGAUUGUCAAAAGGAGGAUUGAGGAGGAUCAGAUCAAUAAUGGAGGCAAUGGUAUGACUCCAAGUGCUAUUGUCACAGAUGAAAUUGGCAGUAUUGACCUUAUACUAAAAGGCGAGGGUUAAAAUUUUUAUCUACCUUAAAAGACUUGCAAACAUCUUAUGCAGUUAUCUUUAGCUACAAUUGCUUUGCAUUUUAAACCUUGGCAAUUGUGGGAAAAUUGCCCAUUUUGUAACAGUUAUUUGCUCCCUUCCCCCCUUUUUGUUUUAAUAGGGACUAAUGUGGGAAGAAUGGCUAAUUUGUCAGUGCUUAGUUACAACUGUUUAUGUGUGGCCUGCUGUUGGUGUACAUGUGGGUACAGGGUGUCUAUUUCCAAACAGAGUAUAAUAUCAAUACUGCUAAAUCUGCAUGUCCUCUGUGUGACUGAUAGAGCGUUAUUAUUUCAUUUUUUUAAAGACAAAAUGACAGCAAAAAUAUAUAAUUCCAACAUAUUAGUGUAGAUAAUCUAGUUGGGAGUACUUUAAGUCUCACCUUCCCUUUUAAUAUUCAUAAUUGACUCAUGUUUAAACUUUAAUUUACAAGCUAAAUUGCAGAUGGGAGCAAUAGAUACAGUUUAGACUUAGGUGGGUAGCAAUACCAGAAAACUUCAAUUACAUAGCUUUGCAACCACAAACCCUGUGAUGCCUGUACAGUAGCAAGUGUUGGCAUUAUCAGUUGAACUGUAAAUAUAAAGUGCUUCUUCCAGUUAGUCUCUAUAAUGAUUAAGUUUCUAAAAUUUAUCUAAACACCAUACAGAAACUUGUUUUGGGGAAUUUGAUAGUUAUUGAUGUGCAUCUGUUAAACUGAUGACAGACAUAACUCAUCAUUCCCCAGAAACCUUUUUUGAUUACAGUAUCUAACAUUUUGCCUCCUCUUUUUUGGUUUUGCUGGUUAUAAAGGUUUGGAUUGGAGAGGGCUCACUGGAUCCCAAUCCUUGGAGCUGGAUCAUUGGAUUCAAAUCAUAAUGUGGAUAGGAUAGGGAGGAUGAAUUACCAGGAUUCAUGGAGCGGGAUCAGAUUACCAGGAACAUAGGAGUGGAUUCCUUCCUGCCCCAACCAAACCGCAUUCGUGUGGAUUUUUUUUUCAUUCAACUUAAUUGGCUAUUCCAAAGAAUUUUUUCCUAUUUUUGACGAUUGGAGCCCUUAAGAUGCACGAUGGAAUUGUGUUUUGCAUUUUUUGGUAAAAGGAGCAAAGCGAGGACCUGGAGAUAUACGCUGGAGCAAUCUCCUUGGAAGGAUUCAGCACGAGUAGAUGGUAAACAAUUAAAGGGGAAAAGGGGGGGUUUGUUUAAAAUAGUAAAUCAGUAAGUCACUUCUAAAUUUAAAGAACAAAAUUGGAGUUGAAGAAUAAGUAGGUUUCCAAUUGGCUAUUGCCGUUUUUCUUUGAAAAAUAAACAUUUUUUAAAAAACGAUGCAUGGUUGUCCUUUUUCCUCUUCAUGUAAAAUUUAAACUUGUUAACUAGUGUAUCAGUUAUUUCUUUAAAUUGAUAAGAUCUGACUUUGUUUAUGUAUUAGUAUAUUAAAGAUUUUAAUCUAAUAAAUGAUCAUAACUGUCUCACUGUUGUGGAAGUCUUAAGGGGGUAAUAAAUUGAGUAAGAGGCAGUUACAUAUGUAGUACAAUUGUGUAGGGGUAAUCGUCUGGAAAUUAAACUUUCAUAUUUUGCUAAAGUAUUAAGAACAUGCAGUUGCUGUUUAUUUUGGGAUACUUGAAACAAAAUAGGUUUUUGUAUAGAGUUGGUUGAUAGCUAAUAGAUUUUAGUUUUGAGGUAGCCAUUGGAAUUCAAAUUCAGUAUUAAUGUUAGCAGAAGUACUAGAAUGCAACAUACCUUUUUUGGAAUUUCGGACAGUAUGCUGGCAAAUUAACUGCUUACUGGGUGAAUCAAUACCUUGUAUACCUCUAUCAGCCAUGGCAUAUUCUGUCCUUAAACUGUUAUGUAUUAAAUCAGCAAUUACGUCUUUGUCUACUAUUGUAUCUCUACUGAUAGUCCCUUGAAGCUGAAUCUUCAUCUUGCUUUGAUUUUAAUUAAAAUCCAAAGCUUGUAGUUAAAAAUGAACAAACCACUCUGAGUAUUCCGGUAGAAAUGCCUAGAUCUUUAAAUUUGGAUUGCAGGCUGUAUUUGCGAUUAUUCAGAUGUAAUAUUUAGGGGAGACCAGGAAUCUUGAUAGUGAAAGAAACAGGUUUCAAGAAAUGAGGUUACCCAAUCUACAUGUUAAUGAACCCUAUAGACCUAGACUUAGUAUAUUUUCUCCCAGAAGAAAAAUUGAGUUAAAAACCAGAAUUUUAAGAAAAGCAUUUAGUGUAGACUCAUUAAGGGUAAAUAGCUGUAUUACAGAGUUCAGAAUACAAUCAAGAGGCGGAGGUUUGCUUUUAAAAUAACCCUAAUGACUUAGCAUGAUUGAAGGUUUAAAUUUGAAUAUAAUGUUUAAAAAUGUUGUGUUAGAGGUGGGUGUAUUUUUUUCCUCUUCAGACAGCCUCACUGGUCCAGACUUUCCUAGAUCUCAGUAUAUAGCCCAGUUUCCCAAAUUCUGGGAUUAUAAGUGGCAACCACCAUGCCUAGCUUACUAAACAUGAUUUUGAAAGGCUAAUGUGGAUUUGUUUUGAAUGCUUUGGGAACAGGACCAAGAAAUGGUCUCUAUUCAAGGUUGUUUUUUAAGCAGUUCAGGCCUGGAUUGAAGUGAGUGUUCUUCGCCUUACAGGCUUGGGCUUGAACACUAGAGAGCACAGUGUGAAAGGUUCAAUAAGUUUUAAGUCUUAAGGAAGUAGGGCUAUGCCCAUAUACUGACAAUUUUACCAUUUGAAACUACAAAUACUACCUUGAUUUCCAACACCCCCCUUCUCUGUUCCCUUAGGAUAUUGUAGGGAACCUAUGAUUAGUUUUUCUAACCAAGAAAGCAAUUAAAUCUCUUUAAGCAAGUACUUUCAUAACAUCUGAUUGAAUAACCCAACUUGCUGUUCAGCUCAUCCUACUGGAGACAAAGGUAAGAAACAUUUUCUGAUACCUAGUGUGGGAUCUGGAUUUUAAGAACUAAAGUUUGGAAUGAAUAUUAUCUUGACUUAUGUCCUCUCCCCCUCCACACCUUAUAUUUUUAAUUUUAAGUGUAUAAAUCCACCCAUCUUAAUCCUGGACUUGAGUAUGAUAGAAAAUUCUAAGAUCUGCUUUUCUUAGUUUUGUCUGAGUCAUGUUUUUCUAUCUAGGACUGGUCCUCUAUUUUCAGCUUUCUGUGGUCAAGGUUAAUUUUUGGUGUUUACCUUUUUGCUUUGUAUAUGAAAUUUGUGGUGAAAUUAAAAAUGAAAUCCUGUAUUUACAUAGUAUUAAAAGGAGAGAAAGUAUAAGAUUGGGUUCUGUUGUAAUAACCACUUGUGGCUGAUUUUCAUUAUAAUUUGAAGACAAAUUGGCAAUCCACAAUUCUGAAGUCUUAGAAAACCCUGAAUAUCAGGGGGUUUUGUUGAGCCUAUUGAGUGUAAAAUCUGGGCCAGGUCCCUUCAUUGUGUAAUUCAUGUGAAAGUCAUAGAGGCCUUGUUGAAGGUGUUUUUAUAUAAAAGGUAUAUGUGAUAAGAUCUUUACAUGUAAAUUCUGAACAACCAUGAAUUCCAAUACAUCUCUAGUUUGGGUGGGCAAGGAAUUGUAGAAUUGUACCAGUACUGCAGAGGAUUAAUGCUGCUAUAUGUAAUUUUGGGAGUGAAUAAAAAGCUGUUACUUUGGAACCUUUA